UCUUUCUCUCUCUCUCUCUCUCUCUCUCUCUCUCUCAGUCGUUUAGCCACGCUAGAGUCCUCUUCGCGCUUACCCUCCCCCUGACUCUUCGGGUCGUCUCGUCUUCCUUCGAGUUUCCGCACACACAAACGCGCCCUGCCCAUCCCCCUAACGAUCAUUCUCCCCAUCCCUUCUAUUUCUCUCACUCUCUCGGUCUCGGUCUCGCGUUCUCUCACUCCCUUCGACAGGCCACCCCGCCGUCGUCGCCGCGUCGCGACGAUCCCGGCCGCUACACAGUAGGCUCUUCGUUUUUUCCCUUCUCCCCACCGUCCGGAGAGUACGUUCUUCCAAGCCGUGCACUUCCCGGUGCGCCGGAUCCUCUCGAUCUCGAAUACACACGGCAUCUCGUCUUCGCGUAUAUCCUUAAACUUAACUGACCACCACGACCACGACCACGACGACGGCGGUGGUGGCAACGAAACGCAACCCAACGCAACGGCAAUUACGACGACGACGACGACAAUAAAAAUUAUCCUCAUGCGAAAGUCUCGCGAGCGAAGGGAGUAGAGAGACAGAGAGAAAGAGAGUGAGCACUGUUCUACUACUUGGAAGGGGAUAUACCGUCGUGAUCAUUCGCGUCGUAAUCGUGUGUCUGUCUCGACGGGAGGUGAAUUCCCCGAGAAAAGUGCUCGACCAACGAGAGACGACGAGAAAACCAUGGGGAAAGGGACGUCGUUGCUGUAUAUGAUUGACGGUUUGCAAUGAAUUUCCCGCCGUUCGGAGGCCACUUUCCCGGCACUAUACCGAGUAUCCAUCAGUUCGCGACCGACAGCUCCGGUGGUGCUAGCGCGCGUUACGCUAAUCAUUUUCCCAACCAGCCUCCAAUCGGAGUGCCGGUUAUGGGAAAGUACCGUCCUGAGGCCAACGGCGUACAGACUUCUCAAUCGCAAGUGAUGAUGAACAACAAGGCUAAUUAUCCAAACAGCAACGUCCACCAUUAUCCCAAUGUGCCAUAUUCUCAAGCUCAGCCGGUGCAACAGAGACCCUCCAAUUCGCCUGGGAUGCAAGAGAAACGUUCGUAUCAUCAGCAAGCCACCGAGACUAUAAAUCAACAGGACGUUUGCAAUCUCCUACAGGAUAAGGACAAAAGCAAGGAUAAGAAGGGGGAUGAGCAGCAGCGCAAUGGGGAUGCAGCUACCAAUGGUGGACAGCAGGACUAUACGAUGCAUCAACAUCAUCAACAGCACGCCCACACCCAAACGCCUGCCACGAUGCCUGCAACCUGGCAGUCCCUGGCAACGCCUGGCUCCACUGUUGCUGAUUACCUCAGUCAUUUACCAGCCAGUACUUUGCCGCUUAGCUUACAUCAUUUUCUCAAAUAUUCCGCAGAGAGUAUAAAGAAGGAAUCUGAAAUGGCGCAGACCACAUCGGUGGCAGUUGCUACCACUACUACGCCUAAUAUCAUGAUGUCUCCGAACAACAAGAAAAAGAAGAAGAAGAAGCCACCAAAGGAAAAGAAACCACGCCCUAAACCUGGAGAAAUUCGAUUGACCACUGCUUUAGAUGGCUCUACUCUUUAUUGCUGUCCUGAGUGUCAUAUGGCAUACCCUGAACGAGAAUUGCUGGAACAACAUUUAUUGGGUCAUACUAUGGAGCGAAGAUUUGUUUGUGACAUUUGCGGAGCUGGUCUUAAAAGAAAAGAUCAUUUGACGCGUCACAAACAAAGUCAUAAUCCUGAAAGACCUUAUGUCUGCACUGUGUGCCUGAAAGCUUUCAAGAGAAAAGAACAAUUGACGUUGCACUUUGUAAUACAUUCUGGCGAGAAACGUCAUGUGUGUACAGAGUGUGGUAAAGGCUUUUAUAGAAAAGAUCAUUUGCGAAAACAUACUAGGAGUCAUAUUGCUAGGAGAGUGAAAGCUGAAUUAAGUCAGAAUGCUGGUACUCAACAAAAUCAACAGCAGAAUAAUGUAUCCAGUAUGCAAACGACAACCGUUUCAGCAUCGUCCGUUCUUCCAGGCGGGCAUCCGGGUCCUCUCCUAUCCUGAGCCCCGCCACCAGGGAACUUCCAAGUUCCCCAUCCAAACAACAUUCUUCAUACUCAUACUUCGCAUCAUACUUUGCAUCACCAUCACUUGGCCGCAGUCAAUGUGGCGCACCAAUCGAACGUUACUCCGCUUGCUACACCCAGCCAUUAUCAGACGCACGAGCUCGGCUUUCUAGGACACGUUAAAGAUUUCUGAGAGCAGGGGAAGACCUCGACUAAGAGGUAACAUUAUGACGCUACACGAUUGUCUCCUCGAACAGAGUUACAACGAUUUCAUGUGGCUCGGACAUAGUGAGUUUUCUACAUACAUUUCAUUUAAAAAGUGAUUCUAAACGAUGUUCUGCUUCUUGCAUCCUUUAUAUAAAAACGACGAUUAAUUAAUAUUCAUUCGUUCAUGCGGAUGAUUAUAUAUUUAACGUUACAACCAAAAAUUCUUGCAUCCACGACUACUAUGCUUGGGCGCAACGAAGAAAAGAAAAAAGAAAAGCAAAGAAUGAAAGAAAGAAAAACAUUUGAAGGAUGUCCAGAAUUCCGUUCAACACUUUCUCUUUAGAUCGUAUUUUAUAUAGCAUGAAUAAAUGUGAUAUACGAGCAAGGAUCGAGAAAACAGACACGUUAACACACUAUAAUAAUAAUAAUAAUAAUAGUAUGGGUUUUGAAGUGCAUACAUAAACUAUAAUUUCAGUAAGAGAACUUAGAUUAGAAGCCUGAUUUAAGAGUCUUGCCAUACUACUGUAUGUAUGAAAAAACAAAAACAUAUUUUUGUGAGAAGCUUGGUGUUAAUAUAUGGAAAACUAAGCUAGUUAGAAGAGAGGAUGAGAGCGUGCACGCGUGCGCGCGAACGGGGGUAGGGGGUAGGUGGUAGGUGGGAGAUAUAUUGGGAGAGAAAUACAAUGAAUUAUAUUUUUUUUCUUCGUAACCGUGCUGGAUCGAAAUAAUGCUGUAUUUGCGAGUGUAUAUCUAUCAGAUUUUUAUAAUUAUCUGAUUCGGUUGGAUAGUGCAAAAACGGUUAUCGUAUUAAUGAAUCUUUUUAGUAUUAUAAGGGCAAUUAUUAUAUAGAUGCAAAAAAAAACAACAUUCGUCCCAUCGUUCUAUUCGAUUGUAUAUCUUUUAAUUUUUUUUUUGUUUUUUUUUUGUUUUUUUUUUUCAAUAUUUUAGACGUUUUGAGUAUACUUCAAAGAAAUUCGUUGUAGUACAACGCUCAGAGAUAUAUACUUAAACUAAAUUUACUUUUUUGAU